AUGACCUGCCCAAUCGAGAUGUCAGCGAAAGCGACCGCAACACGCAGCGAGUUCGAUGAGGUCCAGGGCCUUCAGGACUCUUGUACGACGGUCCUUAGCCGUACCCGUGACCUUCCGAUGACGAUGAGCCUGCUCGGCAAGGUUCAGCAAGUGCCGCCAGCCUUUACGGAGCUGGGAGAGAAAAUAGAACGCAGUGCUAAUGAGCUGCUAGAAAAUGUGCUGUCGCAGAGUUUCAGCAUUUACCCUCUCGAGCUGUGUCUAGGCUCAGACUGUGGUGGAGAUAGGCUGCACCUCAUACCACAUCACUUCACCAACGCGAUGCGCAUGAAAGAUAUACAAACGGCGAUUAGCCAACCACAAGCUCGUAGUCUGAAGUCACUCGAAGUCCCUCAAGACCAGGCUGUUGGCUUGCAUUUCCGGUUGUUCGGGAAAAGAACUUUCGGCAUGGCCCUCGUGUGCCGGGAAGUGGAUGACAAGGAGGCCUCUUUGAAAGAUCAUGUGGUGUGUCCAAGUGCGGGGCAGAAUGCGGCAACUUUCACGGUUGCCAUUGGUGCAUCCGGCUGGAAGGAAGCUUUGGCCCUCCUGUCGGUGAUGAAAUCAAAAAGCUUGCAGCUCAACGAAAUUCCUAUCAACGCCGCCAUCAGCUCAUGCGAGAAGGGCAAAAACUGGAAAACUGCUCUGGCCCUCUUCACUGUCGCUGGUUGCUGGGUGCGGAGAGAUGUUAUCACCUGCAACGGAUCCUUGAGCGCAUGCGCGAAGUGCCUCAUGUGGGAGCAAGCUGCCGUACAGCUGCACACAAUUUCCCAACUGGCCCUGGUACCGGACGUCAUCUCCUUCAAUGCUGCAGCGUCGUCGCUGGCAGGCCAGUGGACCUUGGCCCUCGACUCCCUCGAUCUUGCGUGCACGCAAAGUUUGGUCGACACCGUAAGCUACAAUGCCGCGAUCACUGCCAGCGAGAAGGGCGAGGAAUGGCCGGUUGCCAUCAACCUGCUUGCCUUCAUGAGUGUCAGCGGCCUGCAGGGCACGGUCGUGACGGCCGGUGCUGCCAUCAGUGCCUGCACAGCUCAAGCGGCCUGGGAAAAGGCCAUUCUGAAGUUGUGUGAGCUCCAGAUUCGGACUCUUCGAUCGAACACCAUCACAUACAAUGCUGCCAUCAGCGCCUGUGAGAGGAGCAGCCAGUGGGAGCAGGCCCUGCGGCUUUUUGCAGCCAUGAUCGAUGUCCGACUGCGCCCAUCCGUGAUCAGCUACAACGCAGCAAUGACGGCCUGUGUUUCCGGCGAUCAGUGGCACAAAGCCCUUGUGCUCUUCACGGGCAUACCCCCAAUGGCAAGGCGCAAGUCCAGAAAUCGGCUUGGCAUGUGGAGUAUCAAACUUGACAUGUGGAGAUCUGUGGAGUUUGCCUUUGGUGAGGACUGCUGUUUCGUAUGGGGCAGCUGUGGGCGCGCUGGAGACAGCAAGGCCGAUAAACUCGCAAAGAAGCAGCUUUUUGUACCUACAUUGGCCUGA